GUUUCGUAGCCUUUACAGGCUACGUCGUCAGAAUAAAACUUUUAUUUAAUUUGUCGAGCUACGUCAAUAAAUAAAUAAAGGUUUCGUGCAUUAACCCGUAAAAACUAGUUUUAUUCAAUAGGGACAAUGUUUGGACUUCGGGCAUAUUCCGAGUGCGGAACAAUUUUGGAGAGAACUUAUUAAGAACCGUACUGUUGUGUUAAUCUCUAUUACUCUUUAAUCUUUUAUUUAAUGUAUGAUGUGUUAAUCACUGUUACUCUUUAAUCUUUAAUUUAAUGUAUUAAAUUAUCUCUUCUUUUUUAAUCUCUUAAUAAUGUUAACGUCUGUCAUUGACGUCUUUUAUGCUUUAUGUCAAUGCAGUCUUUUAUGCUGAAUAAAGCCUAGUUUUCUCAAUGAUCUUUAUUUAUAACAAUUUAUUCAGCAUAAAAUGUGAAAAAUAAUUAAAUAAAAGUGUCUACGCAAGAAAAUAAAAUGUCCCGCUAUCUUCGACCGGAUCGUUUUGACGUGGGACCUAAUUCGACUGAGGCCGAUUUGAAAUGGUCGCACUGGCGAUUUACUUUCGAAAAUUUUCUUACUAAAGAAUGCACUACCGAAACCAAGGAUACCAUGCAGCUAAACGUCCUGGUAAAUCAUUUAUCUCCGACACUGUUCUCGUACAUUCGAGGUGUCAAAUCGUAUGACAUCGCUAUGAAAACUUUAGAAGAGAUCCAUGUCAAACCUAAGAAUGAAAUUCUCUCAAGACAUUUACAAGCAAUCCGCAUACAAAAACCUGAAGAAUCUGUGUUUAUGGCAUGCCGAGACAUGGAGAAGUGUGAGAGCAGCCGACGUGAGAUUGUGUUGGAGACGAAUAACAAAUACGUUUACUGCCGCCACUGCGACCGGGCUAGCACCUUCCACCGUACCACACUAGUUCGUGGAGACGUCAGUAUCCCUAUUAUUAUAUUCUAAGUCCAUGAUUAUAUACGAGU